GAGAGGAAGGGAGGUGUGGUGAGGUGGUGAUGGGCUUUGGAUGCUGAAUCUUUUUGUUGACCAGAAGAAAAAAGUUUCUAUGAAGGGAUGAGGAGGAGAAAGGAGGAAGAAAAACAGAGAAACAGGAGGAGGAGAAAAGAGGAGACUGCAGAGGAGAAACACAAAAAGGUACAAAAUAGAAGGUGUGAUGAGAGAAAGAAAAAAGAAGCAGAGAUACAAGAGUAAAACAGAGAAACAGCACAGGAGACGGGCUGAUGAAAUGAAACUGAGUUCACUGAAGGAGGAGAAGCAGGAGGAGUAAGAGGAGGAGUAAGAGGAGCAGACUGUGAGGACGUCCUCACUUCUAAACUUGACAGAGAAGAAAACAACAGCAGACCUGAUCACGAUGAGUGAGGCAAAACUCUGAUCAACACAAAAUCAGUCUGCAAUGAGGACGAAUCACACAGUGUCCUAAGACAGCACCUGGGACAGGUAACAGCAAGAUGUUGAGUUCAGUCCAUCAGCUGUGUUCAGGGCCUCCAUCAUGGACAAUGUGACACCUGGCAGCUCCCCAGGUGAGAUACACCUGAAGGACUACAACUACCUGGCCCUGAUCCUUGGUGUCCCCCUAAUCCUGGUCAUCAUUCUGGGGAACAUCUUGGUGUGUCUGAGCGUGCUCACUGAGCGCUCCCUGAAAACCGCCACCAAUUACUUCAUCAUCAGCCUGGCGGUGGCUGACCUCCUGCUGGCCGUGCUGGUCCUGCCGCUAUACGUGUACUCAGAGUUUCUGGGGGGUAUCUGGACUUUGAGCAUGUACGUCUGUGAUGCUCUGAUGACCAUGGACGUGAUGCUGUGCACUGCCUCCAUCCUCAACCUGUGUGCCAUCAGUGUAGACAGGUACAUCGCUGUGGUGGUUCCUCUGAAGUACAACAGGAACCAAUUCAGCGUCCGUCAGCUGGUGCUCAUUACAGCUACCUGGGUUCUGUCUCUUGGCGUGGCCAGUCCAGUCAUCUUCGGUCUGAACCAGGUGCCAGGUCGCAAUCCGAAUGUGUGCAAACUGGAGGAUGACCGUUUUGUGGUGUACUCCUCGGUCUGCUCCUUCUUCGUGCCUUGUCCCGUCAUGCUCUUCUUGUAUUAUUGGAUGUUUCGAGGCUUGCGGCGGUGGAGCGGUCGGAGUCGAUCUCAAGUGGGUCGAGCCGGUCAUCCGACUCUCUCUUUACGUCUCAGCUCGGCUCUACGGCGACCUAAAGGUACGACGACUGGUGGACUUGAGAAGGAGGUGUACUCCACACCAACUGGCCUUAGCCCCACCUCUCCUUCCUCCAUCUCCAUGACGAUGCCCGUGAUGGGGGAGCGGCAGGAUGGAGUGAUGAUGGUGGCAGAGAGCGACCUGAUGACGACUCAGAUGGACAGCGUGUCAGAUGGGGAGGCCACAGAGAGGAGGGAGGGACUCAGCAGAGAGAACGGCCUGAUGAAGAACAGCGCUGCAAAGAGAGGAAGAAGAAACAGCAAGAGCAGCAGAGUCAGCGGGAGGGAGCGCAAGGCCAUGAAGGUCCUCCCAGUUGUUGUCGGGGUGUUUCUGGCCUGUUGGACACCUUUCUUCGUCGUGCACGUCACCAAGGUGUUGUGUCCGUCAUGUGACAUUGGCCCAACCCUCAUCUCUGUGGUAACGUGGCUCGGCUACGUCAACAGUGCUGUCAAUCCGAUCAUCUACACUGCCUUCAACGCUGAGUUCAGGAAUGUCUUUCACAAGUUGCUCUGCUGUCGGACAUGAAACUGUAACUGUUCUCAACCUGAGUCUCUUCAGACAGAGUCUCAGAUGUCCUCAGACUGUCUUCAGACUUAGUCUCUUCAGAUCUUCCUCAGAUUGAGUCACUUCAGACUGAGUGUCUUCAGACUGUCCUCAGCCUCAGUCUCUUUUUUCUAUCAUGUGUCAUGCCCUUAUCAUUUGUCAGUUAUUAAUAAAGCAGCAGCAGUCAGAUUACAGUCACAGCCCAGAGGCAUAAAAUGUGUGAACAUGUGCAGAAUAUUAAACGUUCUUUGAGUAUUUCCAUGGUGAUAUUGCGUUUAAAGGUGUAGGUUUACACAUCUGUGUCAACUUGUUUUUAUUAUUUUCAUUGUUUUUGCAGAAAGGUGAAAUAUUUUUGUGACAGAAUCGGACGGCAUGAAGUUUGUUUAAAAGAAAGACUGAUAUGGAAAAACAAAACAUCCCUGAAUGUUUCCAUGAGAGUUGAAGACAAACAGAACUAUGUGUAAUAAAGAGGAGAUGUUGUUGGUGUUUAUAUCAGUGAAGUGAAGGUGAUGAAAUGUAGCUCAGAUGUCACAGUCUCUGUCAUUAAAUAAAAAACAAACAGAUUUAACAAAGAGUUUGUUAAGCGUGAUGAAACCAGGAAGUGAAUUUAGGAACCAGACUCUUGGGUGUUUAUAGACAGACGCAGGUCUUAGUGAUGUUUGACAGAAAGAGAAGUAGCUGAAUGAAUCAGGUUCAGUAACUUGUUCCACCACUGAGGGACGACACUGGAGAAGAGUUUGGAUUACUUCCUUCCUCAAAGUGAUGAUGCCUCAGUUUAUUUCCAGACCACAGUGAAGGGGAUGGCUCAUAAACACCUUUCAGUGUUCGAGGGAGAUGUCCUAACCUGAUGUCACCUGGAGACUUAGGAGUCAGGUCCUUCUGAUUGAGGUCAUGUGUUUGUGUCUGUGGAGGAGAAGACUGCUGCUGAUGUGUCUGUGGUGGUUGUUGUUGUGGUUGUCAUCCUGCAGGUGAAAGGUUGUUCAGGUGAUAAUUUCAAAUCAAUGACACGUCUGUUUGUGGGCGAAGUUCCUGUCCACCUGUCAUUGCCUCCACUCACCUGCAGGACAGAAACUUCCCUCACACGUUUAUUUUUCACCCUCUGAGGAAACAUGAGUGACAUGUCUCAUCACAACCUGACAUUUUGAUCUCCUUCAUCACAGAGGGAGACAAGGAGGCUGAUGGGUACUGGAGGAAUAGGAAGAGCAUCAUCAAACAGCCAUGGAAACUAAAUGGGGGUUACCAUGGCAACACUGAGCACAUAGAUCCUCCAGCUGUAACAUGUAAUCACCAUGUGUGUUCAGGACUCCAUCCAGAAAACUGAACCCGGUCUCUGGAUGUGAAUCUGAGGGAGUCUUGUUAGAAACCAGAGCUUUAGUCUCUGCUCCGUUUAAACUGGAGAAAUCCAGAGAAAAGGUCAGAACACCAGUACAAAGACUCAGCUGAAACACAACAGGUGAGCUGGACACACACAACACACAGAGAGGAAGAGGGAGGUGGGAUAUUUAAGAAGAGAUAGAAGAGUUAAAUGUGAGGCUGAAGAUGAAGACAGAGUCAGUGAGUGCGUAUCAGAGGAUUCACACUUGAUUGUGUUCAGGAGGUUGACUUUCCACUCUGAUGAUGAUGAUGAUGAUGAUGAUGAUGAUGAUGUUGAUGUUGAUGAUGUUCCACCUCACUGACUCACCUCUUUAGAGGGAGACAGCUUUUUACAGCUGCUGCUGUUUGUGUCAUACUGAGUAUUUUAAAGACUUCUCUUUACUUUAAAUCUACUCUACAGUUUCACCAAUUUAUACAAAAUAUGCUAUUAAUAUUGUAAAUUGUGAUUUUAUUAUUGUUAUUAUUAUUGUUAUUGUUGUUCCCAGUGUCAAGUGAAGAAACCGAGCCAGCUGUUGUGUAGGAGGAAAGAGGAGAAAUCUAACCUCAGUGAUCAUCAGACUCUCAGCUGUUUGUGUGGGUUCAUGUGUUAUUAUUGUUAUUUGAAUCUUUUUUUCUAACCAUAUUUCUCUUUAUUAUCUGAAGACUUGUUUAGAAAACAUGUUGAAAAUGUUUCUCAAUAAAAGUUAUAAAAAUAA